CCUCCCCGAAGAGAGACGCGUACGGGAAAAAUAAUGAACAACAAAUUUGACGCCUUAAAAGAUGAUGACAGUGGAGACCAAGACCAAGGUUCACCGAAAGACUGUGAGAAGGAAAAAAUCGAAGAGGACGACAAGGAGCCGAACACUGCCAAAAAAAAGAUGGUGAUCCCCGGGGUAGGAGAGCACCCUCUUCAGUAUAACUACACUUUCUGGUACUCCAGACGCACUCCAGGGAGACCGGCCAGCACCCAGAGUUACGAACAGAACAUCAAACAGAUUGGAAGCUUCGCCUCGGUGGAGCAGUUCUGGCGUUUCUAUAGUCACAUGAUCAGGCCAGGCGACCUAACUGGUCACAGCGACUUCCACCUUUUCAAGGAAGGCAUUAAGCCCAUGUGGGAGGACGAUGCCAAUAAGAUGGGUGGGAAGUGGAUCAUCCGUUUAAGAAAGGGCCUGGCGUCUCGCUGCUGGGAGAACCUCAUCCUGGCCAUGCUCGGGGAGCAGUUCAUGGUGGGAGAGGAGAUCUGCGGGGCUGUGGUUUCUGUGCGCUUCCAGGAGGACAUCAUUUCCAUAUGGAACAAGACGGCUAGUGACCAGGCUACUACUGCCCGCAUCAGAGAUACCCUGCGACGGGUGCUCAACCUGCCUCCUAACACCAUCAUGGAAUACAAGACUCACACAGACAGCAUCAAGUAUAGCCUGGGAAGACUUCCAUGGUCUGGUGAAUGCUAGCGGUGGUCGUUAAUCCCCGUUCCUUAAUCUCUGCCAAGGAUGUAUUUGCGUGAUGUUUUGGGGGAGCGAAGAGUCCAGAGAAGGAUACCUCUGCACGGUUUGACGGUGUUUCAGUGUUCAACACAGAGACAGAGCAACAGUCAAGAGACAGAGGAUACGAGAGCAUUCCUUCUUUCUGUCACAUACGGAAACUGGACCAGAGCCGACAACCCUAUCAACGGGAUAAGAUGUUUGACCAAGAUGUUUAUCUGAGACCUGGAGGUUUUAUUUUGGUUCUGCCAGAGAGGAACGACUCCCCUGUGGUUGUCUUUUUUUUUUUGUAGAAAAAAAUCUGCAAUAUGUCGUACUUGCCACUAGAUGGAGACUUUGUGACAGGUGUUGUCUGUUGACAAGCGAGUACUUGGUUAAGAGUACUUAGAAAAUACAAAAAAAAAACCAAUGAGCAUCUUAAAUUGAUCUGAUUUUAUUAUGUAACAAUCCACACCUCCUGUUCAUUUUGGUUAAAUGAAUUCAGAGUUUUUUUUUUUUUAUUGGGACUCUUAAAACAAACAGGGUUACAGGUAGGUUAUUUUAAUAUAGUGCUGUAUUUUAACCACAGAGCCUCUGGCUGUUUAAACUAGAAUUGUUAUUAUUGUGUAUAAAAGUAUAUUUGUAAAAACUAUCCACUUCAGAGCUCUCUUAUUUGAAUCAGCCGUGGUUCUACGUCUUUGACAUUGAAAGUUGAAUCCCAAACCAUGAGGAGCGUUAUGGAAGUGGGCCAAAAGGAUUGUGUGAAUAGUGUCUUGAAAAAUAAACUGCCAAGCUGCCUACAUCACUGUGCCUGGCCUUUGAGCCUGACCCUAACCCCGUUUCCCUUCAGCUGAUCUGUCUUAACGCCUUCAAAGAUUUUGGGUUCUGCUGCGAUAUCGCCCUCCACCGGCGGUACGAGUAGCCAUGAAACACAGAUCUGACUCAGCAAUCACGGCCCUUUCAACCCCAUCCUCAUUUGUUUCCAUUUUGUACUGAGGAUAUGAAACUGGCCACGGGUCAGGGCUUUGUCUGUCUCCUCCCUGUUACAGCUUUUAUCAAUCCCUGGAGAGCAAAAAAAAGGAAAAACUAAUGCUGCCUAGGAUUGGAUGUGUGGUGCUGGGAACAGGUGUGUGUUUAAAAAGAGGAAAAGUGCUGUGUGACGUACACCUGAUGGAUUAUAGCAAUAAAUGUUGAAUAUGCA